CGCGCGGCCGAAGACGGGCGGCCGCGCGGGAGUGUGUGCGCCGGGAGCGGGCUGAGGGAUUGCAAGGCAGCCGGCGGCGACCAUGGCAGCGGGCCGGCGGCGGCCGUAGUGGCCCAGGCCUGGGCUUCAGCCUCCCGGGGCCCCAGAGGGUGGGGCGGUCUGGGCCGCGGCGGUGGCGGCGCCACUUCCCCGCUCCCGCCCGAGGACUCCUGCGGGCGCUCGCGGAGGACCAGCGGACCGGCGGCGCGAAUCUGACUGAGGGGCGGGGACGCCGUCUGUUCCCCGGCGCUCCCGACCGGGCCGGGCCGGGCGGGCCCCUGGGAGCAGUCCCCGGGCGGGGGACCGCCGCGGAGACCCGAAGCCGGAGCUAGAGGCGGGCGGUGGGCCCAGGCGGAGUCCCGGCCGAAGCUGGUGGUGCGGGGGCGGUGCUAGGCCCCGAGGCUGCCGGACCUGAGCGCGAGGAGCCUGAGUGCGGGUCCCGCGGUGGCGGCAUGAGCCGGCCCCCGCCGACGGGGAAAAUGCCCGGCGCCCCCGAAACCGUGCCGGGGGACGGGGCCGGCGCGAGCCGCCAGAGGAAGCUGGAGGCGCUGAUCCGAGACCCUCGCUCCCCCAUCAACGUGGAGAGCUUGCUGGAUGGCUUAAAUUCCUUGGUCCUUGAUUUAGAUUUUCCUGCUUUGAGAAAAAACAAGAACAUAGAUAAUUUCUUAAAUAGAUAUGAGAAAAUUGUGAAAAAAAUCAGAGGUCUACAGAUGAAGGCAGAAGACUAUGAUGUUGUAAAAGUUAUUGGAAGAGGUGCUUUUGGUGAAGUGCAGUUGGUUCGUCAUAAGGCAUCGCAGAAGGUUUAUGCUAUGAAGCUUCUUAGUAAGUUUGAAAUGAUAAAAAGAUCAGAUUCUGCCUUUUUUUGGGAAGAAAGAGAUAUUAUGGCCUUUGCCAAUAGCCCCUGGGUGGUUCAGCUUUUUUAUGCCUUUCAAGAUGAUAGGUAUCUGUACAUGGUAAUGGAGUACAUGCCUGGUGGAGACCUUGUAAACCUUAUGAGUAAUUAUGAUGUGCCUGAAAAAUGGGCCAAAUUUUACACUGCUGAAGUUGUUCUUGCUCUGGAUGCAAUACACUCCAUGGGUUUAAUACACAGAGAUGUGAAGCCUGACAACAUGCUCUUGGAUAAACAUGGACAUCUAAAAUUAGCAGAUUUUGGCACGUGUAUGAAGAUGGAUGAAACAGGCAUGGUACAUUGUGAUACAGCAGUUGGAACACCUGAUUAUAUAUCACCUGAGGUUCUGAAAUCACAAGGGGGUGAUGGUUACUAUGGGCGAGAAUGUGAUUGGUGGUCUGUAGGUGUUUUCCUUUUUGAGAUGCUAGUGGGGGAUACUCCAUUUUAUGCGGAUUCACUUGUAGGAACAUAUAGCAAAAUUAUGGAUCAUAAGAAUUCACUGUGUUUCCCUGAAGAUGCAGAAAUUUCCAAACAUGCGAAAAAUCUCAUCUGUGCUUUCUUAACAGAUAGGGAGGUACGACUUGGGAGAAAUGGGGUAGAAGAAAUCAGACAACAUCCUUUCUUUAAGAAUGAUCAGUGGCAUUGGGAUAACAUAAGAGAAACGGCAGCUCCUGUAGUACCUGAACUCAGCAGUGACAUAGACAGCAGCAAUUUCGAUGACAUUGAAGAUGACAAAGGAGAUGUAGAAACCUUCCCAAUUCCUAAAGCUUUUGUUGGAAAUCAGCUGCCUUUCAUAGGAUUUACCUACUAUAGAGAAAAUUUAUUAUUAAGUGACUCUCCAUCUUGUAGAGAAAAUGAUUCAAUACAAUCAAGGAAAAAUGAAGAAAGUCAAGAGAUUCAGAAAAAACUGUAUACAUUAGAAGAACAUCUUAGCAGUGAGAUACAAGCCAAAGAGGAACUGGAACAGAAGUGCAAAUCUGUUAAUACUCGCCUAGAAAAAACAGCAAAGGAGCUAGAAGAGGAGAUUACCUUAAGGAAAAGUGUGGAAUCAGCAUUAAGGCAGUUAGAAAGAGAAAAGGCGCUUCUUCAGCACAAAAAUGCAGAAUAUCAGAGGAAAGCUGAUCAUGAAGCAGACAAGAAACGAAAUUUGGAAAAUGAUGUUAACAGCUUAAAAGAUCAACUUGAAGAUUUGAAAAAAAGAAAUCAAAACUCUCAAAUAUCCACUGAGAAAGUGAAUCAACUCCAGAGACAACUGGAUGAAACCAAUGCUUUACUGCGAACAGAAUCUGAUACUGCAGCCCGGUUAAGGAAAACCCAGGCAGAAAGUUCAAAACAGAUUCAGCAGCUAGAAUCUAACAAUAGAGAUCUACAAGAUAAAAACUGCCUGCUGGAGACUGCCAAGUUAAAACUUGAAAAGGAAUUUAUCAAUCUUCAAUCAGCACUAGAAUCUGAAAGGAGGGAUCGAACCCAUGGAUCAGAGAUAAUUAAUGAUUUACAAGGUAGAAUAUCUGGCCUAGAAGAAGAUUUAAAGAACGGCAAAAUCUUAAUAGCGAAAGUAGAACUGGAGAAGAGACAACUGCAGGAGAGAUUUACUGAUUUGGAAAAGGAAAAAAGCAACAUGGAAAUAGAUAUGACAUACCAACUAAAAGUUAUACAGCAGAGCCUAGAACAAGAAGAAGCUGAACAUAAGGCCACAAAGGCACGACUAGCAGAUAAAAAUAAGAUCUAUGAGUCCAUCGAAGAAGCCAAAUCAGAAGCCAUGAAAGAAAUGGAGAAGAAGCUCUUGGAGGAAAGAACUUUAAAACAGAAAGUGGAGAACCUAUUGCUAGAAGCUGAGAAAAGAUGUUCUAUAUUAGACUGUGACCUCAAACAGUCACAGCAGAAAAUAAAUGAGCUCCUUAAACAGAAAGAUGUGCUAAAUGAGGAUGUUAGGAACCUGACAUUAAAAAUAGAGCAAGAAACUCAGAAGCGCUGCCUUACACAAAAUGACCUGAAGAUGCAAACACAACAGGUUAACACACUAAAAAUGUCAGAAAAGCAGUUAAAGCAAGAAAAUAACCAUCUCAUGGAAAUGAAAAUGAACUUGGAAAAACAAAAUGCUGAACUUCGAAAAGAACGUCAGGAUGCAGAUGGGCAAAUGAAGGAGCUCCAGGAUCAGCUCGAAGCAGAACAGUAUUUCUCAACCCUUUAUAAAACACAAGUUAGGGAGCUUAAAGAAGAAUGUGAAGAAAAGACCAAACUUGGUAAAGAAUUACAGCAAAAGAAACAGGAAUUACAGGAUGAACGGGACUCCUUGGCUGCCCAACUGGAGAUCACCUUGACCAAAGCAGAUUCUGAGCAACUGGCUCGUUCAAUUGCUGAAGAACAAUAUUCUGAUUUGGAAAAAGAGAAGAUCAUGAAAGAGCUGGAGAUCAAAGAGAUGAUGGCUAGACACAAACAGGAACUUACCGAAAAAGAUGCCACAAUUGCUUCUCUUGAAGAAACUAAUAGGACACUAACUAGUGAUGUUGCCAAUCUUGCGAAUGAGAAAGAAGAAUUAAAUAACAAACUGAAAGAUGUUCAAGAGCAACUGUCAAGAUUGAAAGACGAAGAAAUAAGCGCAGCAGCUAUUAAAGCACAGUUCGAGAAACAGCUGUUAACAGAAAGAACACUCAAAACUCAAGCUGUGAAUAAGUUGGCUGAGAUCAUGAAUCGAAAAGAACCUGUCAAGCGUGGUAAUGACACAGAUGUGCGGAGAAAAGAGAAGGAGAAUAGAAAGCUACAUAUGGAGCUUAAAUCUGAACGUGAGAAAUUGACCCAGCAGAUGAUCAAGUAUCAGAAAGAACUGAAUGAAAUGCAGGCACAAAUAGCUGAAGAGAGCCAGAUUCGAAUUGAACUGCAGAUGACAUUGGACAGUAAAGACAGUGACAUUGAGCAGCUGCGAUCACAACUCCAAGCCUUGCAUAUUGGUCUGGAUAGUUCCAGUAUAGGCAGUGGACCAGGGGAUGCUGAGGCAGAUGAUGGGUUUCCAGUUCAUAUCACUCAGUCACACACUAUGGAAUCCAUGUCAUUCACCUACCAGCGUUCCUCUACUUCUCUCAAUAUUGCCACUAAGCCUUCCAGUUCUCACAUGCUCCUUGACUCUGAUUCUGACUCAGAAGAAGAAUCUUUGCCUUACUUACCCAUUUCAUCGGAACCUAAUGGUACAGAAUCAAGAUUAGAAGGAUGGCUUUCAUUGCCUGCACGAAACAACACUAAGAAAUUUGGAUGGGUUAAAAAGUAUGUGAUUGUAAGCAGUAAGAAGAUUCUUUUCUAUGACAGUGAACAAGAUAAAGAACAAUCUAAUCCUUACAUGGUUUUAGAUAUAGACAAGUUAUUUCAUGUCCGACCAGUUACACAGACAGAUGUAUAUAGAGCAGAUGCUAAAGAAAUUCCGAGGAUAUUCCAGAUUCUGUAUGCCAAUGAAGGAGAAAGUAAGAAGGAACAAGAAUUUCCAGUGGAGCCAGUUGGAGAAAAAUCUAAUUAUAUUUGCCACAAGGGACAUGAGUUUAUUCCUACUCUUUAUCAUUUCCCAACCAACUGUGAGGCUUGUAUGAAGCCCCUGUGGCACAUGUUUAAGCCUCCUCCUGCUUUAGAGUGUCGCCGUUGCCAUAUUAAGUGUCAUAAAGACCACAUGGACAAAAAGGAGGAGAUUAUAGCACCUUGCAAAGUGUAUUAUGAUAUUUCAACGGCAAAGAAUCUAUUAUUACUAGCAAACUCUACAGAAGAGCAGCAGAAGUGGGUUAGUCGAUUGGUGAAAAAGAUACCUAAAAAGCCCCCAGCUCCAGACCCUUUUGCACGAUCAUCUCCUAGAACUUCAAUGAAGAUACAGCAAAACCAGUCUAUUAGACGGCCAAGUCGACAGCUUGCCCCAAACAAACCUAGAUUGCUUGAUUUGGCAUUUAAAGACUGGGAUUGGUCAUUUGAUGAUGUUGAUGGUGGUGGUGAUGAUGAUGACGAUGUUUUUGAUUUCUGAAGAAAUAAAUGGGCUAACUGCCUUCUAUGAAAGCAGUCAUUAUUCAAGGUGAUCGUAUUCUUCCAGUGAGAACAAGCCUGAAAUAUGAUGGCCCAAAAUUUAUUAAAAAGCUAUAUUUUCCUGAGAGACUGAUACAUACACUCAUACAUAUAUGUGUUCCCCUUUUCCCUGUAAUAUAAAUUACAAAUCUGGGCUCCUUUGAAGCAGCAGGUUGAACCAACAAUGAUUGGUUGAUAGACUAAGGAUAUAUGCAACUCUUCCAGACUUUUCCAUAAAGCGCUCUUGGCAGUCACUCACACUACAAUGCACACAAGGAUUGAGAAGAGUUAAAGUCUAAAGAAAAUGUCUUUUCUAGCUUCAACAGAGAGGUUUCACCAGCACAUUUACCAGAAGAAUCUGGGAAUGGAUUCCACUACAGUGAUAUUGACUGCAUCUUUAAGAAGUGACCAUUAUACUGUGUAUAUAUAUAUAAACACACAACAUACAUAUAUAUAUAUAUAUAUAUAUAUAUAUAUAGUACUCUAAUACUGCAAGGUUUUUUAAACUUCCCACUUUAUUUUUUUAUACACAUUAAUCAGAUAUCAUUACUUACUGCAGUUGCAACUAUGCACUUGUAUAAAGCCAUAAUGUUGGAGUUUAUAUCACUCAUUCCUGUGUACCUGAUGGAAGUUGCAUGUUCAUGUUUAAGCAGUUACUGUAACAAGAAGUUUAAUUAUAUCAGUUUCCUAAUGCUUCAUGAUAGGCAACUUGACCCAUUUUGAAUGCCUUAAUUUAAUUUUUUUUCAAAGUCUCAGCCCUUUCUGUAUUAAAAAACAAAAAGUGUUUACCAGCUCUUAGGAUGUAAACUAGCUUUGUGGAAGAGAAAUCGUGCACUAUUUUUACACAUAAAUAGUUAUAUCAAUGUCAGCCUAUUUUGAUUAACAAAUGUUUUUAAAGUAUUAUUGGUUAUAGAAACAAUAAUGGAUGGUGUGUUGGAACUAAUAUAUCCUUGAUGUCUAUUAUUCAUUCAACCCUUUUUACAGACCUCAGUAUUAGUCUGUGACUACAAAAUAUUUUCUUUGCUUUAAAUUUGCUGGCUACCCUAGAUAUGUUUUUAUUCCUGGUAAAGACAUUUGUGAUUACAUUUUCACACUUAAGAUUCAAAAAUUUUCCCAAAUAUAAAGAAAACUAAGAUGGACUGUAGAUACAUUUUAAAUAUUUAAAUAUGAUCCUCAGACAUACAGCUGUGUGUGGCAAUAUUUUAGUACUGGGUUAAGAAAACUGGUAACUGGGAAGAAGUGGCCUCAAAGGCACUUAAUUUGAUUUUUAUUUUUUAAAUGCUGUCAAAGUUACAGUUUAUGCAGGACCAUUCGUGUUAUAUUCUCAUGAUCCCAGAUAAGUGUAUGUUUUAUACUGCAACAGUAUGCAGCAAUAGUAAGCAUCAAGUUUUUUUUUGUUUUUUUUAAAUUAUGAAGUCUUUUAACAGUCUCUCUUUAUAUAAAUACACACAGAGUUUGGUAUGGUAUUUAAAUACAUCAUCUGGCCGGGCGCGGUGGCUCACGCCUGUAAUCCUAGCAUUUUGGGAGGCUGAGACGGGCGGAUCACCUGAGGUCAGGAGUUCAAGACCAGCCUGGCCAACAUGGUGAAACUCUGUUUCUACCAAUAUACAAAAACUAGCUGGGCAUGAUGGCGGUUGCCUGUAAUCCCAGCUACUCGGGAGGCUGAGACAGGAGAAUCGCUUGAACCCAGGAGACAGUGGUUGCAGUGAGCCAAGACCGCACCACUACACUCCGGCCUGGGCAGCUGAGCGAGACUCCGUCUCAAAAAAAAAAAAAAAUGUCAUCUAAUAUUUCAAUGAAGGAAGUAGGCAUUUUUCAUUGAUUCCCUCUGACAUCAGAGAUGUUUAAAGAGUUAGAUCCACAAUAGAUAGUAUUGUGGAAACUGAAGAGUAGCCACUGGCCUACUGAUAGACUGAAACUGAUUUUGUUAUUCUUACGUUCUCCAGUCUGCACUCUGCUGUGCUGUCUGUGCUCAGACUAGAUGUGCAUGCCGUUUCCCUUGCAGGUGUGUUCUGCAGCUCUGGUUUUGGGGGACAGCUCUUUUUUAAGUAAGAUUAAAAAAUAAAAAAUAUAUAAAAUUUAUAUAGAAUAAAUAUUUCCAUUCAUUAGAGUUGUUAAAAGGAGACUGAAUGAAUAUUUUAUAUAAAGAUUUUGUUACAUUAUGGGAGGUUCUAUCCUAUUCUGAAUUGGAGAGUAUAUAUAUAUAUAUAUAUUUUUAAUAAACUUUAUUAAGGUGAAAUAAUUUCAAGUUUACACGAGUAACAAAUAUUUGAGUAAAAAAGGCAAAAGUUUAAAUUUGGAAUGCUGUAUAUAUUAGAGAAUCUGAGGAAUCAUGGUGUGACCAACUGUACAAGGAAGAUUCAUAUGAAGGUCUUGGGGAAACAUAAUUCUGAAGGGUGAAAAAAAAUCUCUCCCAUGGAGAUUCUUCACAUUAUAUGGUUUGACGUAAGGGUUUAUAAGGUUGUUUGUCCAACUAAUGAAAAUGCGCUUAAUAAAAAAUUCUGGCCUUGGGUGAGAAUUCGCUUUUUACCGCAUUGCCGCUUUCACGUACAUACAUGAGUGCAUGCAUCUAUAAACGUGUUUUCUUUCCAACACUUAUUAAAUAUGAAACAACCUGAUUUUGUGCUCGUUUCUCUUUUUUCUUGAGGCCCUAAAGCUUCCAAGAUAAAUAUAAGACUAAAAGUUGCUUGUUCCUUCACACCUGAUUUCUCCUAGAGCCAUAAAUACCUCCUAUGGGGAACUAAGAAAUCAUGAAUACUGGGAUUUUCUUAUUGGAUUUUUUACUUUUGUUUUGUGGGGAUGACGAGACAGAAGUGAAAGGAAAACUGGUGCCGAUAUUGCUGUUUAAUGUAUAGUGAAAGUUUUUAAAGUAUUAAUUUUAAAAAACCAUGUUCUCUAGAAACAAAUUUUAAAAAUCUAUAUGAAAGUUUUAAAAUGUUCUAGCUAACUAAUGGAUAAGCAUACCAGUAAAGCCAAAAUAAAGGUUAGUGCUUUUAAAACUAACCUGUGUUAGAGUUACAUGAAUCCGGCUCUAAAGUAUCUGUUUUGCAUCCAUUUAUCUAUAGAUCCUAAACAAAUACUCUAGGUUGCUACACCACAGUUUUAAGAAGUUAUGCUGCGGCUGGUGGUAAAGUAGAGAAACUCGGACACUGUAUUAACCUUAUUGAAACAUGCUUUAAAUCGUGUCUAAAAUCUGAUUUGAGCAAGUCACUGCCGAGCUUCUCAGUCUGCAUUGACACUGCUACUGACUCACCUCUCCUUCCCUGGAAUAAGGCUUCAGCUUCCCUAUGUUGUGAAGACACCAUUUGUAAGCACUUUGAACAUAAGCACUGUGUGACAGCGCUGGAUAUCAUGCUUGGGGGGGCCUCUCCCUGACUCCCAUCCCCGUAAUAAUGAGUUUUGUUUGAAAUUGUAAUAAGUAAUGAACUGCAUGGUUUAGAAAAUCAUAACUAUUUGAUCAGCUGUCCCCUCUGAACAAAAAUUGCACCCCUUUUUCUUUUUUUAAAGUUUUGUUGCAUCUUUGUAGUAAUGUAAUUGUAUUUCAUGCCUGCUUUUUAUAAAAAAAAAAUAAAAUAAAUGGAGACAUAAGCA